AUGGGAGAUGAAAAUUUUAAGUGCUGUAAAAAGGAUAAACUAACUAGUUAUUACUGUGUGGGGUGUAAAUUAAUAUCACACAAAAGUUGCAUCGAACGUAGUAAAACUCUAAAAUAUAUUAAAGGCCAUAGAAUAUACUGCAGCCAGAAAUGCGCUAAAGGCUCAAAUGAAUAUUCUGAAGAAGAUACUGAAGAGUUAUUAGAGCUUCAAACGGCAAUAAGUGACCUGCGUCUUGAGCUAAGUAUUAAAAACGACCACAUUGAAAAUCUAAAUAAAUUAAAAACUACCUGUUAUGAAUCAGCAUUGGAAAAUGAGCAAAAACUCAAAUCCGAUAUUGACACUUUGAGUAACAAAUUGAAGUUUCUGGAAGAAACGAACAAUAAAUUGAACAAAAUUCAAAUUAAAAACAAUCGCCUCAAAAGAGGAUCUCAAAUACUGUCUGAUAGUGUCAUAGAGCAGGAAAACUAUAGAUCCGAAUUGGAGGAACGACAAAAGGAAAUUCAAGUCCUAAAUGAAAAGAUUGCUGCUUAUAAAUUACUGUUAUUGGAAUAUGACGAAAAUGUAAAAUUUAAGGAUGAGAAUAUUGAUAAAUUAAAGUCUGAAUUUGAAGAUUUACAGAUGGAUAGCAGAAACCUAAUCUCAACAAUCAGAACAUUAGAAGCUGACAAUAAAUGUCUUCGCAAUGAGCUUCAAAGCUUCAAGGUUGAUUGUGUCGACGUUGACUUCUUAUCCUCGGUGAAUAAAAAAUUAGGUAAUGAGCUUCUCAUUGCAAUGGAUAAUCACAAAAAUGACGGAAUUGAAUCUGGAGUGGAAUUUUUUCGGCAUCUAGACUAUUCGCUGGAAGGUGUUUCGCCUGAGAAAACUAAAAUUGGAGCAGUCAAAUAUGACGCAACCACUGUGAGGGCCAACCACAAACUAUUCUACCCUCUACCAUUAAAAGAAGUUUUGAUUUAUGGGGAUUAUUCUGCUACUAAUUGCUCCAUUUCUUUGAAUAAACUUUUAAAUAAACAAGAAUUUUUGGUGGAAGGAUGGGUAAAAUCAAAAGGAACUUUUAGUGCCAUUUCAAGGUCUGUGUUUGACCAUACAAGGAAAUACGGAGAAAAAGAUUAUGUUGUUGUAAUGCUUGAUUUAAAUAACUUAUCUAGUUGCUGUAAAUGUGAUGAAUUCUUUCAUCCUAGUUGCCUAGUACAAUCGGCGAAGUUGAAAAAUACCCAGUGUGUUCACGAAACCCAACAAUCAGAGCCACCAACGAGCGAGGCUGUAGUUGAGGUUAAGGCUGAUAUAAACAACCCAUAUGUAGUGGAAAACAAUCUCCUACUUCGAAUUAUUAAAGAAAUGGAAGAAAAAUAUGAUAUUUUGAUGGAAAACUGCAACCUACUGAAAGAAAAAGUCAGUGUUCUCAAGGAAAAAGUGAAUGGUUUUGAAGAGAAGGAAAAACAACAAGGUGUGGCAACAUCGGUACCCGGUAAGGAUGCUUUUGUUGACAUAUCGAAUGCGACCGCACCAAAUGCGUCAUCAUCAUCGUCGAUCGAAAGUAGAGAUGGGCAGCAGGGCCAACGAGUGCAGCAACAUAAAUCCGGAGUACUCUAUAGUCAGAAGGUACGAAAUCCGAAUGAAACCAACAAAAAUGUCAUUGUCAAACGUCAGUAUCAGGACUUACAAAACAUUUCAGCUGAUACUGUGAAGUCUGCCAUUGCUGAAGCAAUAACAAAAACAAAAAUAAAUGAAAUUAAUGAACUUAGAUUAAUGGAUAAUCAUAAUGAAAAAAUAGAGGUCGAGAGAGAAAUGGAUUCAAGAGAAUUCAACAAAGCGAAAAAGAAAUCAAUUUCCAUUUAUUUUAAUGAAGAAAAAGACACAGAUGAAGGGAAAACAAAUUCCGAAGCAAUUUCAAUAAAGGUUGAUGGGGAAAAAGAUAGAAAUGAAAUAGAAAAAAAAAUGAAGUAA